AUGUUCCACAACCCAUCGGCAGCCUCUUGGGAGUACCCUGGACCCUCUGCAAACCCAGCAGUUGAGCCUUUCCACCGCACCCUCCCAGAUUACUCCGUCACUCCCCUCAUCCCCUUACCAGACCUAGCCAAACAACUCGGCCUGCGUCAUGUCCUCGUAAAAGACGAAUCCAACCGUCUCGGUCUUCCAGCUUUCAAGAUCCUAGGCGCGUCGUGGGCCAUCCACAAGGCUAUCGCAUCAAAAUGCCACCUCCCACUGUCUGCUACCCUGGAUGAACUUGGCACUGCAGCAAGAGAAGCGGGUAUCGAACUAGUUGCGUGUACAGAAGGGAACUGGGGUAGAGCUGUUUCGCGAAUGGCAAAGUAUCUGGAGAUCAAAGCCGUCGUCUUCGUUCCUGGUUUCAUGGACGAAGCGACGCAAGAGAAGAUCAGGAGCGAAGGCGCAGAAGUGAGAGUGGUAGACGGAGACUACGACGAAUCCAUUGCAAAAGCUAGAGAAGAAGCGGAAGGCAAGGGUGCCAUGUUAGUCAUGGAUGUAUCUUGGGAAGGAUACGAAGAGAUACCCCAGUGGGUAGUAGAAGGCUACACAACCAUGCUCACCGAAACAGACGCCCAGCUCAAAGCCAUGCACAUCCCCUCUGUAACCCACGCCAUAGCCGCCUGCGGAGUAGGUUCCUGGGCGCAAGCCGUAACCAUGCACUACAAGGCCCCCUCCAACUCCCCACCCGCCUCCGUCAUCACAGUCGAGCCCUCCACAGCAGCUAGUCUUCUCGCUUCCCUCUCCGCCGGAAAAAUCACACCCAUUCGAACUGGCCAUACGAUAUGCAACGGGAUGAACUGUGGGACCACAUCCACGACGGCAUGGGAAGUGCUGAGAAAAGGGGUGGAUUUGAGUGUUAUGGUAGAGGAUAUCCAUGUUCACAAUGAUUUGUUGGAGUUGCAUGAAACUGGGAUCAGGAAUGGGCCGUGUGGAGCUGCGACAUUGACGGCGUUGAAGAAAAUUUGUGGGGAUGGGGAGACGAAAAGAGUGCUGGACUUAGGGGAGGAGAGUGUGGUGGUGCUGUUUAGUACGGAGGGGGAGAGGGAGUAUGAAGUUCCACUAGGUGUUUGA